GGGGGCGCGCAGAAGCUCACCGGGAACGCGAAGCAGGAGCAGAUCAGAGAGCAGGUCGGUCGGUGAGCGGAGAGACGCACGAAGUCCUGGCGAUAAAGCAGCAGACCUGAACCUUUGGUUUGUGAGGCGGCUUUUUCUUCUCCUGUGGACUACCGUUACGGGAAGUUUUAUUCAACAGUGCGGACCUACGGAAAGGCUGUCCACCAUGUCGGGGAGCAGGGAGGAGGAGAGGAGGAAACUGGCCGACAUCAUCAACCACUGGAACGCCAACCGGCUCGACCUGUUCGAGAUCAGCCGGCCCACAGAGGACCUGGAGUUCCAUGGCGUGAUGAGGUUCUACUUCCAGGACCGGGUCGCCGGUAACUUUGCUACCAAGUGCAUCAGAGUCUCCAGCACAGCGACAACGCAGGACGUCAUUGAAACGUUAGCAGAGAAGUUCAGACCAGACAUGAGGAUGCUGUCCUCACCAAAAUACUCCUUGUACGAGGUCCAUGUCAGUGGCGAAGAGCGUCAGCUGGACCUGGACGAGAAGCCUCUUGUUGUGCAGCUGAACUGGAACAAAGACGACAGAGAAGGACGUUUUGUCCUGAAGAAUGAGAACGACAUCCUGCCCAAGAAGAGUCAGAGUAACGGGCCUGAGAAGGAGAAGGACGGCGUGAUACAGAACUUCAAGAGGACUCUGUCCAAGAAGGAGAAGAAAAAGGAAAAGAAGAGGGAGAAGGAAUUCGCCCGAAUCCCUGAUGGAGACGAUCAGACACUGAGUCGCGAGGACGGAGAAAAUCUGGCAGCAGAGGUUUAUAAAGACAUGCCAGAGACCAGCUUUACCAGGACGAUCUCCAACCCAGAGGUGGUGAUGAAGAGAAGACGCCAGCAGAAACUGGAGAAACGCAUGCAGGAGUUCAUGAGCAGCGAUGGGAGGCCAGACUCAGGAGGCACUUUGAGGAUAUACGCUGACAGUCUGAAGCCCAAUAUCCCGUAUAAAACCAUCCUCCUCUCCACGAGAGACACAGCUGACUUUGCUGUGGUGGAGGCUCUGGAGAAGUAUGGACUAGAGAAGGAGAACCCCAAAGAGUACUGCAUUGCUCGGCAAGAUGAUAAGUCGGGCAAGGAGGUGAUUCUGGACGAUAAUGAGUGUCCACUGCAGAUCUUCAGGGACUGGCCUGCUGAUAGAGGGGCAUUAGUGUUCCAGUUGAAGAAGAGACCUCCGGACUACCAGGGGAGGAAGGGUAGGAAAGUGGAUGACAAGGGCCUCAGAGGAAAGGACAGCUCGCUGCCUCCUGAGAAACUGCCUUAUCUAGUGGAGUUGAGCCCAGGGCGAGGGAAUCACUAUGCCUACUACGCCUAUCGGCACCACGAAGACGGCUCAGACUCUCGGGACAAACCCAAGCUGUAUCGGCUUCAGCACAGCAUCACUGAGGUCGGCUCAGACUGCACAGACGACGGCGCCAUCCAGCUGCUUGGUCCGGGGAUUCUGCCCCACCACUGCAACCUCAUGCACAGCGAAGGCAUGGUGACUGUGACGCCGCACGGCCCUGACGCAGACACGUUUGUAGACGGGCAGCGCAUUAUCGAGACGACUGUGUUGCGUUCUGGCUCCACCAUCCAGUUUGGUUCUGCCCACGUCUUCAAAUUCGUGGACCCGAUGUUCGACCAGGGAGGGAAGAGAGAACCGGCCAUGCCGAGAGGCAGACACAAGUCUGGCAGCGUACCAGAAACCACCUUCGACCUUCACGGAGACGUCCACAGUGGAGGAGCCCUGCCUACCAGCAAGAGCUCAGGAAAGCUGGACAUGGAGAGAGGAAUGGUCAAACCCAUGAUCAGAGGAGAGCAGCAGGACAGCAGGUCUCAGGAUAUUUCAGCAGACAGAACAGAGCUGACUCUUCCAGCCAGCAUCGAGUUCAGAGACAACUCUGAAGACACCUUCCUCUCUGCCAUCAUCAACUACACCAACAGCUCCACGGUUCACUUCAAACUCUCGCCCACGUACGUCCUGUACAUGGCCUGCCGCUACGUCUUGUCGCCCACGUACCGGCCCGACAUGUCGCCGUCAGAGAGGACGCACAAGGUCAUCGCCAUCGUCAACAAGAUGGUGAGCAUGAUGGAAGGAGUCAUCCAGGAGAUUGCUGAAGGGGAUCAGAAGCAGAAGAACAUCGCGGGAGCACUGGCUUUCUGGAUGGCCAAUGCCUCCGAGCUGCUCAAUUUCAUCAAACAGGACCGAGACCUGAGUCGCAUUACGCUGGACGCCCAGGACAUCCUCGCCCAUCUGGUCCAGAUGGCCUUCAAGUACCUGGUCCACUGUCUCCAGGCCGAUCUGAACAACUACAUGCCUGCCUUCCUCGAUGACCCCGAGGAGCAUAAUCCACAGAGACCAAAGAUCGAGGACGUCCUGCACACACUGACGGGGGCGAUGUCGUUACUGCGGCGGUGUCGGGUCAACGCCGCUCUCACCAUCCAGCUCUUCUCGCAGCUCUUCCACUUCAUCAACAUGUGGCUGUUCAACAAGCUGGUGACAGAUACCGGCUCGGGGCUGUGCUGUCACUACUGGGGCGCCAUCCUCCGGCAGCAGCUGAGCCACAUCGAGGCCUGGGCUGAGAAGCAGGGUCUGGAGCUCGCUGCUGACUGCCACCUCAGCCGAAUCGUACAGGCCACCACCCUGCUGACCAUGGAUAAAUACUCCAUGCAGGAUGUGCAGACCAUCAAUAACACUUGCUUCAAGCUCAACUCCCUGCAGCUUCACGCCCUCAUGACCAACUACCACUGUGCCCCCGAUGAGCCGUACAUCCCACCUGAGCUGAUAGACCACGUGGUGGCAGUGGCGGAAAACACAGCAGAUGAGCUGGCGAGGAGUGACGGCAGAGAGGUUCAGCUCGAGGAGGAUCCAGACCUCCAGCUGCCCUUUCUCCUUCCUGAGGACGGCUACUCCUGCGACGUGGUGCGCAGCCUCCCCAAUGGCCUGCAGGACUUCCUGGAGCCUCUCCUGCAAAGAGGUUUUUGUAGGUUAACGCCACAUCCACGUUCGCCCGGCACCUGGACCGUCCACUUCGAAGGAGCUGACUGCGACAGCCACUUCUCCGCUGCUGACAACUCUGAAAUGCCAAUGAGGAAAGAGCCGGAGGUUGUCACAGUAACCCUGAAGAAGCACAACGGCAUGGGCCUCAGCAUCGUGGCCGCCAAGGGUGCUGGUCAGGAGAAGCUGGGCAUCUAUAUCAAGUCUGUUGUCAAAGGCGGAGCAGCUGAUAUGGAUGGUCGUUUGGCGGCAGGUGACCAGUUGUUGAGUGUUGAUGGGCGGAGUCUAGUCGGCCUAUCGCAAGAGAGGGCGGCAGAGCUGAUGACGAGGACGGGCUCAGUCGUCACUCUGGAAGUCGCCAAGCAGGGAGCCAUUUACCACGGACUGGCCACCCUCCUCAACCAGCCGAGCCCAAUGAUGGCAAGAGCGUCAGACCGAGGCCGUGAGAAGAACGGGAAAAUGCGACCAAAGAGUGAAGGCUUCGAGCUGUACAACAGCUCGGUGCAGAACGGCUCUCCAGAGAGCCCGCAGCCCGGCUGGGACUCUUACCCCGAGCCAAAGAAGAUGAGCGGAGAAGACCGGCUCCUGAAGAACCGAGCCGACCAUCGCUCCAGCCCCAACGUAGCCAAUCAGAGCCAGAGUCCUGCAAACAAAUCAGUGUACCCCGGAGGACCUGGCACCAAGAUCACCUCCGUCUCCACCGGGAACCUGUGUGCAGACGAUGAGCCCUCUCCUCCCCGCCCAGAGGCCUACCCCAUCCCAACUCAGACAUAUCCCAGGGAGUACUUCACCAUCCCAGCCUCCAAGAGCCAGGAUCGGGUGGUGGGACCAGGGCAGCAGGGGCCCCCACCACACUGGCAGGGUAUGGAGGACAGAGAUCGCCUCCCCAUGGGCGAUAACAUCCACAACAACAGCAUGCAGCGGAUUAAUCACUCUCAGGAGGACUUGUAUCCACCACCAGGAGGCAUGAGGCCAGAUGAGCGAAUGCAGCCACACUACCAGCACCGGGACCUGGACUACCCACACAGAGAUCUCGAAUACCAGAGAGGUCCACCUGGAGGUCUGGUAGGGCCCGACCACUGGGCUCCACAGCCGCAGGUGUCCUCCUCCCUGGAGUCAUCAACAUCAAGCCAGGAGCAUCUCAACUUCUCCGCGUCCUCCUCUUCUUCGAACAAGACCCAAAACCAGAAGACCGGCCCGGGCAGAUGGAAGACGCCCAACGCCCCUCACACCGUGCCGCCGCAUUCGGCACAGCCGCCGUCUCGGUCUGACCUGCCCCCUCCUCCUCCUCCACCUCCAGCAGCUUACCCCGAACCCUACGACCCACAGCCGGACCUACCGCUUCCGCCCCCUCCAGCUGCUAUCAACCCAGUAACGGCUCAGCAAGCUGCUGACCGCAAGAAGAGAGAGGAGCAGCAGCGCUGGUAUGAGAAGGAGAAGGCUCGGCUUGAGGAAGAGAGGGAUAGGAAGAGGAGGGAGCAGGAGAGGAAGUUGGGUCAGAUCCGGGCCAACCCUGUCAUGCCCGUCCAGCCUCACAACGGAGGAGCCAUGCCUCCUCCUCACCACCAGCCCCCUGUGGCCUCCAUGGCUCCACCUCAGCCUUACCACCCCCCACAGCCUCAGCCUCCUCCACCCAGACCAGAGAAGCUGGCCAGUCUGCCGCGGUCUGCUGUACCUCCUCCUGCUAGUGCCUCCAACCCUGCUGGCAUGGACACAGUGAUCAGGGAGCUGCUUCCACAGCAGCAGCCGCGAACCAUCGAGAGGCGAGACCUGCAGUACAUCACAAUCAGCAAGGAGGAGCUGACGUCCAGCGACAGUCUGUCUCCAGAUCCUUGGAAGAGAGAUGCCCGAGAGAAGGCUGAAAAACAGCAGCAGCUUCACAUCGUGGAUCUGCUGGACAAGGAAAUCCAGGAGCUGCAGGCAAAGCCCGAGCGAACAGCGGAAGAAAACGACCGCCUCAGGAAAUUGAUGCUGGAGUGGCAGUUCCAGAAACGACUGCAGGAGUCCAAGCAGAGCGACGACGAGGAGGACGAGGAGGAUGAUGAAGACGUGGACACCGUGAUGAUCAUGCAGAGGCUGGAGGCCGAGAAGAGAGCCAGGCAGCAGACUGCUGUCCCAGCUAUCUCUGUUCUAGACUUGUUGCAGGAUGAGGAGCGGCGGCGUAAGCAGCAGCUGGAGGAGAUUCGUAAGCGGGAGGCAGAGGAGCGGGCGAAGCAGGAGGAGGAGAGGAGGUGGAGGGAGGAGGAGAGAGCCAAGCGAGAGGCCGAGGAGAAGAGGAGACAGGAGGAGGAGUACUACGCUCGCCUGGAGGCCGAGCGGCGCCGGCAGCACGAGGAGGCGGAGAGAAAGCUGCUGACGCCUGACGAGCCGGCCGGUCUGUAUCGGCCCCCGCUUCCACGGGAUUACCAACCCCUCGCCCCCCAAAACCCUACUAACACCCCCCCACCCCCACCACAGAGAAACACCUCCUACCUCAAAACCCAGGUCACCUCCCCCGACAUGCUCUACACCGCCAAGUUUGUCACCUACACGGGCGAUGACGAAGACGAGGAGGACGCCACCAAAGCAGGGAGUGGCGGCGGCGGCCAAUCAGCAGGAUUUAACUCGUACACUGGAAACUCAUCAGGAGUUGUAGGAACAGGAGAAGUCUACAAGGACCUGAGAGACAAAUGGACGAGGAGUCAAGAGCAGGAGAACUCGAUCCCCAGCGAUGCUCCGGAGAGUCUGACCUUCAAGGAGCGCCAGCGCCUCUUCUCUCAGGGGAAGGAGGUUUCCAACAAGGUCAAGGCUUCUCGCAAACUCAUGGAGCUGGAGAACGAGCUCAACACCAAGCAGUAGACCUGAGCCUUUCACCUCCCAGCGCCACCUUAACGCCGACGCCACCGUGAUAAGGUGCUCCUGGGGGACAAAAACAUCGAGAGAGAGAGCCGGCGCUUGCUCCCCCUGACACUGACCGUCGCCGCCCGUUUGUUUCCCCCUCUCUCUCUUUUUGCUUUGACUUAAAUCAUCGAAUAACUGGACCACUCUUUUUUUCUUUUUUCUUUUUUUUUUUGACGUAGCGAUAUCAGCAGAAGAGAUUUUUAUGGCUUAAAAAUCUGCUUCCCCUUCGUGUUAAAACCUGUUAAAGAUGUAUAAUGAUAAAGCACUGUAAAAAAGUUUUAAUUAUAUCUAGUGAGAGUCCGAGAAUCACAUGACAGAAAGGGGAUAUAUUUUUGUUUGUAAAUUUUUUUUUUAAAAUUUUUUUUUUGGGG